GGCCGCACCACACAGACUAUGAAAGGUUCAGCGAAUAGCAAAUUAGAAUACAUGGAUGGUUGCACAGUAAGAAUAUUCAGUUUCAUCUAGUAUAUGGAGAGAGUGAAUUGUAUGGGUCGCCAAUUUGCGUGAAAAACUAAACUGAACAUUGAACCUCGACAACAUAUGCUAUACAAUCUUUGACCCCGCACCAGCUGCCUCAAAUUAGAUUUGUAAAAGCAACAAUAGCACGAAGUUUAGUCAAAACACCUUAUAAAGAACUAACAUGGCGAGCCAUCCCGAAUCUCAGACAGUCGAAGUGGAUAACACUUAUUUCGAGACUGUGACAUACCACAAUCGACACUUCCAACAGUAUGCCAUAACGAACUUGUCUUACUUCCAGCCUAUCGAUGAGGACGAACUAGAAAGAUUGCGUGUUUGGCAUGCAAUCCUAAACAGAGUUUUCGACAAUCGUCUUUUGUUUCCGACUUUGGGCAGACCUAGAAGAAUUCUGGACUGUGGCUAUGGAACAGCCAGCUGGGCCGUCGACGUUGCUACACAGAACCCAGGAUGCGAGGUUAUAGCGAUUGAUAUCUAUCCGUUCCAGCCAGAAACUGUACCUGAAAACUUGUAUUUGCAAGUGGACGAUCUCAACAACCGAUUCACUUUUCAAGCCCACAACUUCGACCUUGUCCACAGUCGAUUAAUGUCGGGCGCUAUACAUGUGAAUAGAUGGGCUGGGUACCUUCGUGAUAUGCUUCGUGUGCUUCGACCUGGAGGAUGGUGCCAAUUGGUAGAGCUGCAUCAUAACGCUCAAUCAGACAAUGGAAGUCUAACAGAGGCCCAUGCUCUUAGACAAUGGAGCACUAGGUACAAUGAGAGCCUGAACGGCGUAAAAGAUCUUCGUGUCGCACCCCGACUUCCAGAAAUGAUGAGAGCUGCAGGGUUUGUCGACAUUGAACAUAGGAUGAUUCCCCUCCACACUUGUGGUUGGUCAAGCGAUGCCAGAGACUACGAUAUUGGUACUGCCAACAGAGAAAAUGUCCAGCAAUUCUUGGGUUCCAUUGCGAUUUAUCCAUUCGCGGAAAGACUAGAGAUGCCGAUCCAAGAUGUUCAACUUCUUGUAGCGCAGGCUCGAGUAGAGGCCGAUGACCCAUUAUUGAAGGCGUACUUCCCUUUGUAUGUAUGCAUCGGAAGGAAACCUCGCUCGCGUCGAUAGCUCGCAGGCGUUGAUGUGUAACUUACAGGCACGUUUGAGCACUUGUAUAGUCUGAAAGGCCCAGGAACUAGAUAGCCCAAACUAGAAUGUUAGCAGGGGAAGAGGAAGAAGAUUUGAUUGCAUUCAAGACGCUCGAAAACGGGAUUGCAGAGAAAUCGAUGAUGUUCAGACAUGGGAGGAUAUUUAGGCACAAUGAAGAUUGGACGUACCUAAUGAGAACAUACAUCGGCCGAUCAAGUGGCAGGCUUCAUACUGGAAAGGAACAGAGAAUUGUUGGAUCUUUGUGUUUGUGAAGUGAGGUUCUUUGGUGUUUUGUGAGGGCUUUAGUGUUUUCUUAUCGUGCCGCGACUUGCUUGUUCUUUCCACAAUGAGAAGAAAGAAGUAAGCAGUUCAACUACCUCCUACAUUUUCGUCGGCCAUCCUUCUCAUGAGCUAUUUCCAAUAACGAAACUCAAAAUUUAUCUUCAAAAUUUGUCUCAUGUAAAGUCAUGCUAUCCUGGGCCAGAUUGUAGAAUAUAUGUAGUGAAGAUGUAACCAAGAAGCUCAGCGUAAGUAGUGAGUUCCCUGUCAACCCAGCCUUUCUAUCCAGUAUGAUUGGAUGAAUUGUGUUAGAGAUCGCUAGAUGGCA